GUCUAUUUCUUCGAAGAGGUUUCCAGUUAGUUUUGAUUUCUAAUCACUGGGUCUCCAAAGAAAAUCUAGAAAGUUUCAGGACAUUCGAGAGGUAAAGUAAAAGCCCAAGUUGCCAGUGAGAGAGAAAAGAAAGAGAAACCAGCACAGUCAAACUCAGACAAAAAGGGAAGAGGAUAAGCACUUCUAACUUGCUCGUCGAAGCUGCUUUCUGCUCAACUCUGAAGGAUCUCUGCUUUGGAUAAGGCAACACCCUGGACAUGGCCUCAGAGAUCCACAUGCCAGAACCCCUGUGCCUCAUUGAGAACACUAACGGGCGACUAGUGGCUAAUCAGGAAGCUCUGAAGAUCCUCUCUGCCAUUUCACAGCCUGUUGUGGUGGUGGCUAUCGUGGGCCUCUACCGCACAGGCAAGUCCUACCUGAUGAACAAGCUGGCUGGGAAGAAAAAGGGCUUCUCCCUGGGGUCCACGGUGCAGUCUCACACGAAGGGAAUCUGGAUGUGGUGUGUGCCUCAUCCCAAGAAGCCAAACCACACUCUAGUUCUGCUUGACACCGAGGGCCUGGGGGAUGUAGAGAAGGGAGACAACCAGAAUGAUUCCUGGAUCUUUGCCCUGGCUGUCCUCCUGAGCAGCACCUUCGUAUACAACAGUAUGGGAACCAUCAACCAGCAGGCCAUGGACCAACUGCAGUAUCCUUUUUGUGGGCCAGAACAACAUUAAAUCUAGAAAAUAACACCAUCAUAUUUUUACGUGGUACAGCUGUGGGCAACUGCAGAAGAAUUCAAAUGUCCCCUCCUUAACUAAUCCCAUUAUGCUCAACGUCUCAGUUUACUUCAACCACCCCCAGAAGUCCAAGCCUUUCUGGUCACACAUUAUCUUUAGGCACUUAGCUGUACAAGGCUCUGCAAAUUCUCUAUCUGACUUAAUCUCCAUUGCGAAACCCUCAACAUCCUCUAGAACUCAUGCUCUUAUUCAGCAAAUCUCUAUAUCCUUACCAUCUUCUCUAAAUAUUUCCUUCUAACUGUGUUCCGUCUAUACUCUGCGGACCUUGUUUCCCCUAUAGACAUCUCAAGUGGUCUUAAGUGGUAAUUUUUUUUCUCCCAUA